AUGCCUCUCGUUAAAAUCGACAUGAUAAGAAACGUCCGCACACCAGACGAGAUCAAGAAACUAGCCGACGUUGUCCAGGAAAUCAUGCUCGAGAAAUUCGCAGCGCCCCCUAGAGACAGAUAUCAAGUGAUAACCCAACACGAACCCUACGAGCUAAUCUUCGAAGACACCGGCCUCCAUAUCCCGCGCACCGAAAAGUUGAUCUUGAUUCAAAUAUUCCAACAAGGCAGAACCGCAGACCAAAAGCAAGCCAUCUAUGCAAGCCUGGCAGAGCGCUUGGAAAAGGAGUGUGGUGUCCCAAAGACAGAUUUGGUAAUCAGUUGUUCUGCAAACAGCAAGGAAGAUUGGAGUUUUGGGUUGGGUAGAGCGCAGUUCUUGACUGGAGAUCUGUAA